CUUAGUGAUUGCUGCCAUGAAUUAAGCAUAAGCAUAAAUUUCCAAGUUUCGAUUUGCUUCUGUAGUGCUCUACUGCCUUAAUAUUAAAAUGGAAUCCUAUGACCCCAUCCAAAUGGCUGUGCAGGAAGUCGAAACAGUGGGCAGUAGUUGCCAGUAUGAAUACUUUCCCAAUGAGUUUAUAGGCCGGGGGGCAUUUGGUGUUGUCUACAAAGCCAGGGUCACAAACCCCGGCGAUUAUAUCGGAAACGAUGUGGUGGCUGUUAAAGCAAUUCACUUGAACAGUCGAUCGGAAAUAAUUGCCAACCAAGAAAUCUGGGCAAAAACAGUCGCUAGACUUCAAAAACUGCCAAAACUAGCGCACUCAAAUCUUGCAGUCUGUCAUCAAGUCCGAAUUACUAAAUCCUUGGGCGGAGCAACUGUGGAGAUAAUGAUGGAGCAUUAUAGCUGUGACCUCGCACGUUUCUUGAAAGAAACAAAGAAAAGCGAUACCCGCUCCGUGACGUACGAAAAGGUUGAAGGCUAUUGUAGAGACAUAGCAGCGGGGUUGGAAUUCUUACAUCAACAGAAACUGAUACACGGAGAUUUAAAGCCUGGAAACAUCUUAGUGAAAGACAUGCCUGCCGACAGCAAGACGCUGGGGAUAGCGGACUUGGACGACUUGGUUCAUAUGCAAGAAAGCGUUACUUGUUCUGGAGACAUAUCGCAGCUGCGCGGCACUGUGCGCUAUAUGUCACCAGAAAUGUUGAAAAAAUUUUGUCAGUCCGAAGCUGAAAGCCCAGGACGAAAAACGGACAUCUGGAGCUUGGGCUGCCUAAUGUUAGAAAUUGCUGAAUGUUGUGGAAGCCGCCAUGAUGGUGGACUGGUUCUUGAAAAGAACGGCGAAGCAAUGGACUCCUCAGAUAGGCUGUCAAACAACGAAUUUGCAGCGAAAUUAAUGGACGGUUAUGCGCCAUUUGUGAGAAAAGACAUACCGUCGCGACUUGAAGCAUGCAUUCGAAUGUGCUUAAGGCAAAACCCCGAAAGCAGGACAUCUGCGGAAGCGUUACUGCAUAAACUCCGGGCAUUUGACGCUAAUGUACACAUCACUUCACUUGGCACUAAGAUGCGCACUGAUAAUGGAAACCACAUUGUCGUGGCAGCAUUAAAAAGAUCUAUGGGUAUUUUCUACGUAUUAUGUUUUGAUCCACUGACAAGCAAAAUGCGAAUUCUUGAACUCCGUCCACCAGUGGAUUUGCCACUACGAUUUCUAAACUUCCAUUUGACAAUCCCAGACAACGAAAUGAUGUUUAUUACUACGGACAAAAACAACGAAGACGAAAGCACGUACUGCCUAUGGAAUGUGUCUCAUGGGAUGUGGCGUUCGUUUGUCACAAAAUGGAAAGCAGCAAAGUUUAUGGCUGUUGUGGUGCAUGACAUGCUCUAUUAUUUUCGGCAGCAAGAGGAUGUUGUCGAAAAUAGAGUUCGUGGUUAUGAGUUUGUAGCGGAAGACAUGUGUAAUGGCCAUGUCAAGUUGCUGAGGCCAGCUCCUUUUAACGGCCGGGAUGUGCAGGCCGUAGUCGGGUUUCAUAGGAUGAUAUUAUAUGCCAGCUGCCGUUCUCAUAAGACCACUCUGGAACUGUACGAUCCGAUGGCCGAUGAAUGGAGAUCCUUGCCAACUCUCAUGCGAACACGGGAUGAAUUUAGUAUGGUUGUCGCAAACGGCUGCGUGUACCUUUUAGGCGGAAAAAUGCUGAAAGGAACGCUGACUGCGGACUGCAGUCGCUUAAACAUCAGCACUGGCACCUGGGAGAACAUCCACUCUCUCCUGCAACCGAGGCACCAACAUUCGUCAUGUCUUGUCAACGACCAGAUAUACGUGUGCGGUGGCCGAAAUGCUGCAGGUGAUCCUGCUCUGUCAAUAGAAGUUUACGAUACCACCCGCAACGAAUCCUGGUCAACGGUCAAACUGUCGCCACAAGCGGAACACCUGUUACAAAGAAUGGGUAGCAACCUUGACAGAUUAACGGAUACAAUAAAAGCCGUUUCAAUUGCUCGAUAUGGAUAUGCUCGUGAUUUCAGAACAUCGAUCCGAUUUUGCUUUCUCAUUUUGACCGAAAUGGCAACAGAUGUCUCUGAUAGCCGCGAAAUUGAUAUCAUUGGCAUUAAAUGCCGGUACAGUUAUUCCAACACUAACUUUAUUGGGAGCGGAACAUUUGGCAUUGUUUACGAAGGUAAGAUUACGGAGCGCGGCACGCAUACCGGAGAUGAUAUUGUGGCUGUUAAAGCCAUACAUCUCGAUGGGAAUUCCGAUAUUGUGACCAAUCCAAAAAGUUGGGAAGAAGCAAUCGUUAGACUAAGAAAACUCCCCAAGUUAUCGCACGAGAAUCUCGUACCGUACUACCAAAUCCGCAUCACAAAGUUCUCCAGUGGCGCAACAGUGGAGUUGUUGAUGGAGCGCUGUGGAGGUGAUUUAGCGUCUUUAUUGGACGAAUCCCGAAAAACCGGCAGCUUCGUCAAUAAAUUUGGAGAGGUUAAACGCUACAGUCGAGACAUAUCAUCUGGGUUAUAUUUUUUACAUCGGCAAGGAAUAAUACACGGAGAUUUGAAACCGGCAAAUAUUCUUGUGAAUAACCUUCCGAACGGAGAUAAGACGUUGCUAAUUGGCGACCUCGAUGACAUAGUUCACAUGCAAAGAAAGUGUCACCUGCUCCGGGGACAUAUCGCAGUUGCGCGGUACCGUACGGUACAUGUCGCCAGAAAUGAUGACAAAAUUCUGUCAGGUUCAGCCGGGCGCUCCAGGAAGAAAAACAGACAUCUGGAGCUUGGGGUGCAUCAUACUGGAGAUCGCUGAGUGCGCCACUGGCUGCGAAUCUGGCGAAAAGCUAGUCGAAAAGGAUGGAGUAAAGGUCGGCCUGAAAAGUAGUCCUUCUAACAUGCAGUUUGCCACAUUAAUAAUGGAUGGAUAUACACCAUUUAUCCCUGAUGGCAUACCAAUACACUGGGCAGAUUGUAUUCGACUUUGCUUGAAACACAGUCCUAAGAGCAGAGUAUCUGCGGAAGAGCUGCUACAUGAGCUCCCUGUGAUUUGUAUAGCCGCUUUUGCCGGUAAGGCCCAUUCAAACAACGAUACCAUCCAACUGCUCCAUUUUGAUCCAGUGACAUCCCAAUUACGAAUUCGUGAACUGUGUGCGCCGGGAAACUCACGAGUCACUGCAGUUUUUCCCCAGUUGACUAUGCCAUUCAGAGAAAUAAUUCAGAGAAAUAAUAUAAUAUUUCAAACGACAGAUACUGCAAAUGACGGCGAUCACGAUUUUCAUCUCUGGAAUGUGGCUGAGGGAACUUGGCGUUCGUCAAUUUCUAGGAUAUAUAAUAAUGGAACUUCAAUUUGUUUUUAUCGUCCCGUUGUAGUGAACGAUACGAUCUAUGCAUUUUUGACUGGCUGUAUGAACGGUGUAAUAUUAGAAGGAACUCAAAUGAUGGCACACAGAUUUUCUACCAGCGAAGUCAAAUUUUUUAGGAAGGCUCCAUUCGAAUGGUUUCACGUGUGGGCAAUGGCAGAAUUUGGACAUAAGAUAUUGUAUGCCUACGACCGUUUGCAUGAAACUGCGCUCGCAGUUUUUGAUCCAGUGGCCGACGAAUGGGGAAUUUUAGCGAAGCUGCCCCAAUGGCGGAAAGGGUUUGCCAUGACUGUAGCUGAUGGAUACGUCUACGUCAUAGGGGGAAUGGUCCGAAGGGAAGCCGGUGCAUUACAAUGGGCUCCCUGGAGCGUUACAGCUUGUUGCGUGCGGUUGAAUAUUACGACCAAAACGUGGAAAGAAAUCCAUCCUCUUCGGCAACCCCGCUAUUAUCAUUCGGCUUGCGUUGUUAAGGAAAAGAUCUACGUCAUUGGCGGCAGAAAUGCUGCAGAUGAUCAUGUAUUAUCAAUUGAAAUUUAUGAUACAACCAUUUGCGGGCCCUGGACAGUUGUCGCAUUACCCGCAGAAAGUCAAAAACUGUUGCGAAACCUCGUCGAAAAUGUUGAACACGGGGAAGCCAUAAUUGCAGUUUCAGCGGCUCAAUGAUGAUGCAGUCGUUUGCGUCAUCUUCCUCUGCUGCAGGACAGUGGAACAAUGAUGAAUGUUACCAAGUAACAAGUAACGUUUUUCCGGUUGCUUAGGCUGUCGAUUAGACCGUCCCUUGGACCGUAAUGCGCACCGGUUCCUCAACCCGUAAGCAGUACUUAUAUUUCACAAGUUAGACUUACCGAGCAAAAAAUAUGGAACGAAAAUGUUUCGAACAAAUGUCACAGCAGUUUUUAUUUUUUAUUUUUUGCUUCAUGUUUUGUUUCUUCCUGCUUCAUGCUUUCUGCUUUCUUUGCUACUUUAUUUUUGUCAUAAAGCACUUUGCCAGUUCUUCUUAGGAUGUUGGAAAGGUAUGCGCAUCAAUUUUAUUUCAUAAUAAAAUCGUGAUAUGGCAUUAAUCACCAUUACGAGAAACCAGCACAACUGACUAAGGUAGAAAACAAC